AUGACAUUCACACCUGGCAAAUACGCUCUCGAAGCCUUUUCCGCUACCGCACUUGGUGGCAAGUUAGCCACUGGGAAUGGUAUAGACGAGGUUGUUACCGUUGCCGAUGAAGUACCUCCUUUUCGUGGUCAAAUUUGGGAUAUUAACGCUGUGGACGGCAAGGAAGGCGUAUACACUAUCGCUCUCGACACAAAUGGGACUGCAUCUGCAGGGAGUUGGUCCCUGAAGGAAUCGUCUCCUGAGUCGCCUCCGGGCGGCCCAGUCAUUCUUUUCUCGAAGGCCCACGAAUGGUAUAUCUAUUCAUCUGACAACGGUUUUGCCGUCAUCAAAAUUCAGCCUGUCCGGACAGAUCACUACGUUGGCUCGGACUUCUAUGUUGGGACCAAUGAAAAUCAAGUCGCUAUUCAAGCAAUUCCGGUCGUCCCUGCUAGCCUCAGAUCAAUUUUAUUCUUCCAAUCUCGAGGUCGUACUAAGGAGCGUUUGGCCGAAUGCACGGGGUCCGAGAAGUCGUUUUUAUCUUCUAUUCCAAUACUCGCAAUGGCGGAGCUCAUCAGCACUUUUUUGCAAAACACAGUUGCACCUUCGUCGCCGUUGUCUUCACCUCCUGCGACUCAGACCAAACCCUCGCGAUCUCAGGACGCACAACCAGAUUGUCUGUCAUCGCUCCUCUCGUCGCCAACCGCUAGUCAGGCUGUCCAAGCGCCUGUCGCUAUAUCCGUUACUCCCCAGACGAAACAUCAGGACGCACACCCUGAUAUUUCGAGCCCAUCAUCCCCUACAUCGCCAACAGCUGCCAGCCAGAGUUUCCAAGCCCCUCAAGCUACACCUGUUACUCCGCAGAGAGAACAUGGCUCGGAUCAUAAGCCCUCAGUCGACGACACACCUAUGGGUUGUAGUUCACAUGGAACAGACGAAGGUUACGAGUUAGUCGAAAAACAAAGGCCCUUCAUUGAGGCCGAAUUGAAGCCUCAUUUCUAUGAUGGUGGUCAACACUUUGCCGAUAGCGUGUUUCGCGGCGAAGUCUCUCAAGAUUUUAUCACAAAGGUUCUCAGCGACGCCAACCUUUACUGUGAAAAUCGAUGGGUGGGAAUUCCUGAAGCGGUCGACAAAGAGUCCGAAUUGUACGCGCAUUACAACGAAAUUUUCGAAGGCGUGCUUAAGCACGGGAACUUGAAACGCACCCGCGACGUUCUCGCUAGCCAUAGCGUCACAGCAUUCCACGAAGAGGGUAUAGACAAUGCUGAGCUGAAGUCGUUGCCAGACUCCAUGUUUCAAGGCCGCAAUCCAGUAGCGUUCCUACCAUCUGAUGCAAACUUCGUCCCCGAUGACUAUGAGAAGAAAUGGGCCUUCACCACGGCUAAGCACAGAGGACUUGACAUAUCGGGCUUUCUCGAUGCGCCGAAACCCACGUCCCAUGAUAGGAUAUUCUCUCGCACCACAUUUGAAGCCUACAAGGGUCCUAUUGACAAGUUUGAGACACGGCUUCAGCUGCUAUAUGCCUUCCGUAAUGCCAUUGCUGGUCAUCAAAACUUGUGGAGGAAAGGUAUUCUGCACCGCGAUAUUAGCAUUAACAGUAUACUUCUUGGCAAAGAGGAUGCCGAACCUGGCUAUCGCGGUCUUGCGAUAGAUCUGGACAUGGCAAUAUGUAUCAAUCGUACCACUCCAGCUUCGCCGGGGCUGAUUUCCGCACCCCUUUAUCAAUUCUUUGAGAGGCAAGUCAAGAGCAAGAUCUAUUUGAGAAAGAAACCGCGAAACCCUUUGGAAGACCUGAUGCCACAGUCAGAGGAGCAUUACGCCGAGAUUUUAAGAUACAUUGAUACCGCCAUCGCCGCGAUAGAGGUCCUCCCAGGAGAGAAGACCAAUCGUAGGCCAUGUCCUUCCAAAGUUCCUAGGCGUAGCAAGCGAGUUUCAACGGGUCCAGCCGAUGACUCUCCAGAUUCCAAAAGAAAGAAAACUGGACUCCAGGAGGAGGCUGCAGCGGAAAACGAGAAGCCAUUCGCCCCAACCAUUCCUUCGAAGCUGACUGAAGACAAGAAGGCUCAUCUCAAACCGCCUACUGUCAUUCUAGGCCCCGGGAAGCGUCCUACAACGGAGCUACCUGACGACUAUCCAAAGCACAAAAGAAUGAAAACCAGACUCAGAGCCAGGAGGCCACUGAGGAAACAGUUUGCUGAAAAACCAUUGCGGAUGAAGUCUUUGAAGUCAUUUAGAAGUUCACUAUUCCCCCUUCGAUCACAGACCCACAUUAUCGCGUACGUAGGGCAUCCGCAGACUAUGACACCAGCUAUAUAUUCGACACAGCGUUACCUGCUACUCCAACCCGCCAAAGAGCGCAUAGCACCCCGAGAAGAACAGCGUUUCUUGAGAGAGAGGAGACGGCUGAGCGGAGAAGGAACACAGUUGCUCAGAGUGAAUCAAGGCGUUCUUUCGCUUUUCUUCGACAGGAUAAUUCCGGCGUUACCGAUGAUAGCCCUCUUCCGUCAAGUCGCGCUAGUGGUGCGAGCAUCAAUAGGAUUAUUCAAAACUCCCCAUCUUCAUAUCACGGGUCUUCCGGUGGACGACGUGAUUGCUUUUAUGCGCAGAAUCAACUUAUGCCACUUCGCGGGUCGCCGUCCCAAAGGAAGGGAUCACAUUUCGACCCAGCAGAGGAACGACAAGCUUGAUACCUUCCCAGCAGUGGACUUCUCGGACUUUACAAGAGGCCUUCAGUCGCCCCCACAAUCUUCACCUCGAGGUAACUGCAAAGACCAAAGACCGAAGACAUUAUAUCCACAAUCCCAGUCACAUAACGCCAGAAUCUUCGAGUUGGAUUUGUCACCAAUUUUUGAAGAUGCUCACGUCUUUGGAAAUUCGAUCCCUGUUCUUCCGAUCUCUGUCUCGGCCCCAAUACCUUCAAGGUAUUCGCAGGCGCUGUAUCAAACCCCCCCAUCCCAAGAAGGGCCUACAGAUGUCCAAUCAUCCACGUCCAUAUUGGACAGCUCCGAUUCAAGUUACGGAGUCAUCCUUGAGCAAAAGUCGUACGACUACGGAAUGGCCCCAACAGACUCUCAAGGUCUCUUAGGAUUUCGAAACGUCAAUCAAAGCCCUGAUGUUGUUUGCGCAGGAAUCAACGUUGGUGUGGAACCUUCCGUCUCUGAUCCCUUUCCGGGUGGAUUUGAGGCUCACGUCGACGAACAUGGUGUCAUUGUUUCCGAUAAUGUGCGUGUGAUCGGCGUUUCCACAGGUAACGAUGAUGUAGCAAGACGUUUGAAAUUUCGCCUUCGAAACUGGUCUGCGCGAUUGUCGAAGAGAAGGACAUUCCGCUCUGGUACUGGUGUCUUGGCUAGGCUGUCGCGGCGACUAUUUGGAAUGCAACCAAAGUUACUCUACAAGCGCUGCUCCGCUCAAUCCGAUUUUGCCGAGACUGGUCACAGUGCAAGCAUGGGACUCCCGCAACGAAACGGAAUGGAUAUCUCGAGCCGUGAUCCGGAUGCUUCCUGCUCUUCUGUGAAAGUGGACGACGAGAAACGCUCUUCUGGGUCAUCAAAGUCAACACGUGCUUCUCGUCAUGCCAUCGAUUUGGAUGAAAGACAUGCAGGAUUCGAUUCUGCGCAGAAAAACCGCUUAUUAAAACCUGGACUUUCUCGCCUGGCUAUGUCGAUGGGAAGUCCUUUGAAGGCUUGGAUCGAAAGAUUGCGCGGCUGA